AUGGCAAUUUCAUUUUGUGGGAUUGAAGAACAAAAAACAUUACUUAUUGGAAAACAAUUUAUUGAACAUUGUUCAAAAGAAGAAAUUAAAAGUUACAUAAUCUUUAACAUAAACAAUAACUUUGAUAAAUCAGUUAAAUGCACAUUAAUGGAAUCAGUCAAUGCAUUUUGUUUUUACUUUUUGAUUGAAUACCUUUAUUUAAAUUCAAACCAAUUUUAUUCAAUUGACAAUCAAUAUAUUUGUAUUGGAAUGUUCCUUGUAUUGUAUCUCUAUGAAAACUUAUCUUAUUUCUUUACAAUGACUAUAAACUCUAUAGAAUAUUAUUUUAACAUUUCACAAUUAAUUAAUAUCCAUCCUUCUCAACUCUCUUAUUUUAAAAAUUCAAUCCUUCAUCUUCUUCAAUCACUUUAUUUCUAUGGUGAUGAAUUGAAAAAACUUCACCACUUAGAAAAACAAGAAAGGUUAAUUGAACAAACAAGAGAAUUAAAAUAUAUGAAUCCUUUAUACAGAGAAGGAGAUGACGAUGAUGAAGGUCAUGACGAUGAUUGUGAAUGUGAACAAUGUGAAUUUAAACGAAGAAUAGUAGUACAACGUCAAUUACUUCCCAAGAAAGAUAAAGUAAGUAUUGAAGAUUUGUAUAAUGAUAUUUUGUCUCUGAUUGAAAGCUCUCCUAACCCUUCCUUAUUUCACCUUUUAUCUACUCUUCAUCUAAAUGAAAAAAAAUUAAUUUAA